AUGGAUCAGGUCUUCCGGGAGACCCGAAACGUGCAUUCAACCCUCUGGGGCCAGGAGUACCCCGCUGAGGAAAUCGUCGACGACAUGUCUGUUUUUCGUCCAUUGGAGCUAUAUCACGAAUGCAACAAAUUCAAAUCCAAAAUGAUCCGGGUUUUUCGGGAAUCAAAUUCACUCACCAAUCACCCGGUCAGUCACAAGGCUCUAUACGAUGAGCUAGAACAGAUUGGCAAAGUAUGA